AUGGGUGUGGUGGGCGAGGAUCGUGAACUGGACAUUGCAAAACGAGAUCGCCUGGAAAAUGGUCACUUUGAACAGGGAAAGAGCAACGAAGCCAUUAAAGCUAACAAGUGUUACAUGGAGAGAGCGCCUAUAAAAAUCCCCAUAAAAUCACAAGCACACUUCCUCGCCUGCACCCUUGGAGUUAAGCAGCUGAUUGUCGGAGUCAACGAGAUGGACUUGACCGAACCCCCAUACUCUGAAGCCCGUUUCGAGGAAAUUAGGAAGGCAGUCAGCAGCUAUAUCAAGAAAAUAGGAUACAAUCCAGUUGCCCUGCCCUUCGUCCCCAUUUCUGGAUGGAACGGAGACAACAUGUUGGAAGUUUCCGAUAACAUUGGAUGGUUCAUGGGAUGGAAGGUUGAGCGUAAGGAUGGAAACGCUGACGGCAAGUGCUUGAUUGAAGCUCUCGACGCCAUCCUUUCCCCAGCGAGACCCACCGAUAAGCCUCUUCGUCUUCCUCUCCAGGACGUCUACAAAAUUGGUGAUAUCGGAACAGUGCCCGUGGGUCGAGUCGACACUGGAGUCAUCAAACCAGGCCCCAUGGGUCUGACCACUGAAGUCAAGUCGGUGGAAAUGCACCACGAAGCUCUGGUGGAAGCAACUCUCGAAGACAACGCUGGUUUCAACAUCAAGAACGUCAAUGAAAUCCGAAGAGGAUACGUCGCUGAAGACUCCAAGAACAACCCACCCAAGGGAACCGCCGGCUUCUCUGCCCAGGUCAUCGUGUUGAACCACUCUCGACAAGAAAUCUCUAACGGAUACUGUCCCGUUUUGAACUGUCACAUCGCUCAUAUUGCCUGCAAAUUCAAAAAAAUCAAAGAAAAAGUGGAUCGUCGUACUAGAAAGUCCGUUGAAGAUAAUCCCAAAGCCAUCAAGUCUGGUGACCCUGCCAUUGUGACCCUCGUCCCCACCAAGCCCAAGUACAUUGAUGUCAGCUGCUGCCGAGGCGGUAUGCAGAUCUUCGUCAAGACAUUGACUGGCAAGACCAUCACCCAAGAAGUGGAGCCCUCUGACACCAUCGAGAAUGUCAAGGCAAAAAUCCAACACAGGGAGGGAAUCCCCCCAGACCAGCAGAUGCUUAUAUUUGCCGGUAAGCAGCUCGAGGAUGGGCGAACGUUAACCGAAUACAACAUCCAAAGGGAGUCAACCCUCAAUCUCGUCCUGCGACUAAAGGGUGGGAUCGGAAAUCGAAAAGUCGAUCACCAAGGAGGGAAUGGUUGUGAUGAUGAUGAGAUGAAAUUUGUAGUAUUCAUGUGUUGUUACUGCAAGAACACGUUCAGAGACAACUGGAAUCUUCAAAGACAUCUCACGAAUCGAACGAGGAAGGGGAAUGUCUGUCCGAAGAAAAGUAAAAAUGAACUAGACCAGGCGACUGGAAGGCCUACCUACCCCUGCCGAAAAAUUGAUUGCGCUGAGAUUUUCUACACCGUCAAAAAACAGGCAGAACAUCACGCAACCCAUUACGCGAGAUCAGCUAGACCAUUCACCCUUCGGAACGGAGUAAAGAUCUACGUAUGUGAAGUAGAUAAUUGUGGAGUCGAGUUUUUGAAAUCUUGGGAUUUAGGGACACAUGAAUUCAGGUUUCACACUGACGUUCCCCUGUACACCAAAUUAACGAAACGUCAUUUGAAAUAUAAAAGUCCACUACUACAACGUCACGGAUUCACUCCCAGAGCCCUACCAGCCAGGCUCCUUGAUGACCCCGCCUUGAGUCAAGAAUUAGAGUGGAUAUAUCAGUGGGUCAAGGGACACAUGGACUACAACAUUCAUUGCAUCAACCAUCGUUCUUUCGGGGUGUACUUUGGGGCCGCUUUGGGCCGAAAAUAUAAGAAGGGUGACGAUAUCGCGGAGUUUAUCCGUGACAAUCCUGAUCAAUUUUACCCAUACAUUGGACGGGAUGCUUCCUCAUCCGUUAACAUCCAUAAUCACCAUCAGGAUGGCUCAUCCCCCCUUGGAGAGGCUGCGGAACAGGGGCUGACCAUUGUAUGUCUCCACCGCGAACCAUUCUCAGGAAAAUGGGAGGACAAGAGCCAAGAGAUGCGAAUGUUUGAGGCUUGUGCAAUAGAAGUAGCACUUACGGACGCCGAGUUAGAGCCAUUGCCUGGAAUCCCUCAAUACCAGUUUUUGAAUAAACGACGAGAGCGUUUGGAGAUUGCCCACAGGAGCGACAAUAAACUCCUCAAACUUUUUGAGAAAGGGUUGAAAGGCUUCCGCUGGCUGUGUUUCAAUAAGGAGUGUGAGGGUCAAGAUUGCGAUGCCUUUAUCCACCCUGAUUGGAGCCAAGACCUGUUGGUGGACAUGUCAAAACGACUAAACAAUUGUUCUGAGGAGGAUGUCAACAUGGAGAUGGAUCUCCCAGGACCUGCCUCUUCGUUAAAGAAGUCUCGUCCUACAAAUGAAGGUUCCCUCACGAUGGAAGUUAAACGUCGAGUUGACCAAUUCCGUGCGGAAGUGGAAAUGUGCGACCCCACCCAUACCGUCUACACCAUCAUCACCACGGAUGACAAAUCUUUUUCCCCGAACCAAAGUGCAACAACAACUUGCAACCAGAUAGUGCAACGAAAAGAAGAAGAUUUGGUGGUGGGUGCUUACACCGGCGUCAAUAGAAGAGAAGAGGUAGCAGAAUAUCACGACAAAAAAACUAGUAGUGUUUGGAAAUCAGUUCAAACCGGACGAACUGCCCUCCAGAUUGCAACAAAUAACUUUCCCACCAGGAUCCUGGCACGUAAAGAGGAAGCGUUGCGACUGCUGCACUCUUUCCUCCAUAUGAGAUUCUCGACUCGCGGUGUGAAAUUCGAUGUGCUGAAUGAGAGGAUGGAAUGGCAAUUUCUCUCAUUAUGCUCAGAAGAGGAGAUCAAAUUGGCUAUUCGCCUCGCAUGGACCGGGAUCCCACCCGUGACCUUUGGCCCGUUACCCCCAGUCGACAAGUUCUCUCACGGAUUGUAUCCUGUCGACCUCAGCCAAAAGAUCAUGACAGGACAAAUCAAGAAGAUGUGAUAUUUUAUUAACCUUAACUUUAUGAAAUCAAUAUUGUAGUAUUGUAGUAUAUUUGUUGUUAUGUAACGAUUCAUGAAGCCUUCCAGUGCAACUGUUUUCAUCUAAUUAAUCCAAAUGUAGCAUCGGAAAAACUUUUUCAUUUCUUAACUGAUUUUGAUCGUGGAUAGUUUAAAAUUUAGAGAAUGAUAUGGUCCAACUUGUUUUUAAUCUGAACUCAACUACAAGCAUACCUGUUCACAAUCAGUUAUUAA